CCACUGGGUGGUACAAUUGACAAACAUUGAAUUUAAAAUAUAUUAAAAAAAAAAAAAAAAAAAAGGCUGCUUCAGCAAAGGACCUCCCACCACCCGAACACUGCAGGUCGCGCACGCGCGCUGCUCGCGCAGGGGGAGGGGCGACACAAGCUCACGCGACUAGCGCUCUUCCUGGGAGUAGGCCUAGAGCGCGCAGACGGGAGGUGGGGGAGGGGAAAGGAGGCUGAAGUCCCUCCCCGUCUAGCUCGUCCCGGGAGGAGGGGCGCUGCGUAUCGCGUCAUCCCGAGGAGGCCGAUGGUGGCUGCGCGGCAGCGCGAGGCCAGACCCAGGAGUGACCUUGUGUUCCCGCCAUGCUGCCCAGCUGUUUUCAGGAGGUGAUGAAAGGGACCCGCCGUGGCCCCCUUCGCUCCUGUUUGCCGCCCUGGUUCGUUAGCUGGAAGCCGAGACAUCUGUGUACUGUGCCGCAAAGCAAAUGGCGAAGGCGAGUUGUGAUCACUGGGAUUGGCCUGGUGACGCCUCUCGGGGUGGGAACUCAGUUGGUGUGGGAUCGCCUCAUCCAGGGUCAGUCUGGCAUUGCUGCUCUACAGGCUGAAAAGUUUAAGAAUAUCCCUUGCAAAGUUGCUGCCUAUGUGCCCAAAGGGGCUGCCGAAGGUCAGUUUAACGAAGAAAACUUUGUGUCCAGAGCCGAGGCCAAGUCCAUGUCCUUUCCCACCAUCUUGGCCAUUGGAGCGGCCGAGCUGGCGAUCAAAGAUUCUGGGUGGCUUCCUCAGUCAGAGGCCGAAGAGAGGAACGCUGGGGUUGCUAUCGGUAUGGGAAUGGUUCCUCUGGACGUGAUUUCUGAGGCAGCUGUGCUCUUUGAGACCAAAGGCUACAACAAAGUCAGCCCCUUCUUUGUCCCCAAGAUCUUGGUGAACAUGGCGGCGGGUCAGGUCAGCAUCCGUUACAAACUGAAGGGCCCCAACCACGCUGUGUCGACGGCCUGCACCACAGGAGCCCACGCAGUGGGAGAUUCUUUUCGAUUUAUAGCGCACGGCGAUGCUGACAUCAUGGUGGCUGGAGGCACAGAUGCCUGCAUCAGCUCCUUGUCUCUGGCUGGAUUUUCCAGAGCUCGGGCUCUGAGCACAAACUCUGAUCCCAAGCUGGCAUGUCGCCCGUUCCAUCCGAAUAGAGACGGCUUUGUCAUGGGAGAGGGAGCCGCUGUCCUGGUGCUGGAAGAAUACGAACAUGCUGUGCAGAGAGGAGCCAGGAUCUAUGCGGAAAUUCUGGGCUAUGGACUUUCAGGGGACGCUGGCCACAUAACGGCACCUGAUCCAGAAGGAGCAGGGGCUGUAAGAUGCAUGGCGGCGGCCAUCAGAGACGCAGGGAUUGCCCCUGAAGACGUGUCCUACAUCAACGCCCACGCCACGUCCACGCCGCUGGGAGACUCGGCCGAGAACAAAGCCAUCAAGGAGCUCUUUAAAGAGCACGCGCGCUCCCUCGCCGUGUCUUCUACCAAAGGGGCCACCGGACAUCUGCUGGGAGCGGCCGGAGCCCUAGAAGCUGCCUUCACUGCCCUGGCCUGCUACCACCGCACGCUGCCCCCCACGCUCAACCUGGACUGCCUCGAGCCCGAGUUCGACCUCAACUACGUGCCCCUGACGGCCCAGGAGUGGAGAGUGGCGCACAGACGCAUCGGCCUGAGCAACUCCUUCGGGUUCGGAGGAACGAACGCAACCCUGUGUAUUUGUGGCGUGUAGUGCGUGUGCCUGGUGUGUGUGCAUGGGGACACUGACGUGUGCCUGGUGUGCACGGGGGCACCGACAUGUGCCUGGUGUGUGUGCACAGGGGCACUGACGUGUGCCUGGUGUGCACGGGGGCACCGAGGUGUGCCUGGUGUGUGUGCACGGGGGCACUGACGUGUGCCUGGUGUGCACGGGGGCACCGACGUGUGCCUGGUGUGUGUGCACGGGGGCACUGACGUGUGCCUGGUAUGUGUGCGCGGGGGCACCGACGUGUGCCUGGCGUGCGUGCAUGGGGGCACCGACGGAGAACGUCCCGAGGCUUGCCUUCAUCUUUGGGUGGGCACUUUCUAGCACCAUUUCAGACGCCUACAGAUCUCUUCUUCAUAUUUGUAUUCCAGCUUGUUUUUCCUUACAUUGAGCUGAAAUCUGCAUCUGUGAAACUUCUACCAGUUGACCUUAAUUCUACUUUUUGGAGCCCCCAGCGGAAGACUCAGCCUUUUUCCAUAGAAUAAAUGUGCAAAUAUUUCUAGCCAA